AUGAGUGCAAUCAGCGACCCUGUACACGAUACUCAAUGCACCUUGUCAUCGCAUGCGACCAAAGAAUCUUCCGAACACGAGUCUGAUCUCACUGAAAUGACGGCCAAUACUUCAAUGACACCCGAACGAUCCAUAACGAGCACGCCACCGCCACCUCAAGCCAUGAACAAUGCAAAGAUAUCAUCACCCAAUAGGCAGCAACAACAACAGCAGGAAAUUCGACAAAGCUAUAUGGUUGUACCUGAAGCUGUGCCGGAUGUAGCCACCGAGAUGAACAAGUGGUUUGCUGAUGCUGACAGAUACGGCUUCUUGGAAGAUAAAACUGAGAUUGAUCCAAAAUCCAUACAAAAAGAAGUCGAACGAUCAUCCAAAUGGCAUGCCAUGGCUGAACCAUACUCGGCGAGACAAGAAAUAGUACAUCGAUUCGAUAUUCACAGUACCAAGUUUGUGAAACGAGUCUACAAGGGUAUUCCUGAUUGUUGGCGACGUGAUGCAUGGUAUUGCAUGUUGACGGAUGAGUUACGCACGGCAAAUGAUGAUGAUGAUGAUCUCCGCAUGCGAUACAAGGAGGAAUUCUUAACGGAAUCAUCAUCACACGAGAGGCAGAUUGACUUGGAUAUCCCGAGAACCAUGUAUGGUCAUAUCAUGUUUCGCCAACGUUAUGGUCAAGGGCAACGGGCUCUAUUCAAUGUCUUGCGUGCAUUUUCGAUAUAUGACGAGCAAGUCGGCUAUUGUCAAGGAAUGGCUAAUGUUGCUGCUCUACUCCUCAUUUAUUUCGAGGAAGAGAAAGCUUUUACAGCGCUAGUGCACAUGUUUCAACGUGAUGGUUUGCACGACUUGUUUGUCCCAGGAUUCCCGUCUUUGAUGGAAAGCUUUUAUAUUCAAGAACGAUUACUGGAAAAGAAUCUACCGAAACUGGCAAGGCAUCUGCAUGCCAAGGAUGUCAGUAGUGCAACGUAUGCAACACGCUGGUACAUUACUCUCUUUACGGGUGGUGUCGUUCCAUACCAUACACUUUUACGAAUACUGGAUAUUUAUUUUUUGGUUGGCUAUGACAUCUUUUAUUUCGUUGCAUUGGCAUUGUUGAAAACACAUCAAGAUCGAUUACUUAAAGGCAACAUGGAGGAUUGUUUGGCGAUCCUUGGAUCUACCCUGUCAGUAGAGGAUGAUGAUCGGUUUAUACGCCAAGUCAGGAAAUUAUACACCAGCAACGCCUCAAAACAAACAGUGAAGCAAUUCAAGGAGCAAUAUCGAGCACGAACGCACAACACAGCUUUAUGGUACGAUUUUUACAGAGCUUAG